CUUUGCUGGGGAAAGACACGACACAGUUAGUGAAGCGAGUCAAAGUUCAGAUUGUGUUCCUGCUGCACAAGAACGUCUGUACUUCUGCAUGGUCAGCGGCUGAUGGUUUCCUCAAAGCUCUGCUAAUGUCUGCAUUGGUGUUUUAGCUGCAGUAUGGCAGAGGAGCGAGUAAAGGACUCUCUCUCAGAGAAACACAGGUGAUGGUCAGCGGCUGAUUGUUUCCUCAAAGCUCUGCUAAUGUCUGCAUUGGUGUUUUAGCUGCAGUAUGGCAGAGGAGCGAGUAAAGGACUCUCUCUCAGAGAAACACAGAGAUGAUCAGACUCGAGACCUGCAGCUGGAUUCACUCCAAUCAGAACAUAAUAAACUUCAGAGGGUCAAAGACCAGCACAAAACCAGCUUGAAGAGCAAGUAUGAGAGAUUAUUUGAGGGAAUCAACCAUCGAGAGACUCAAACCCUCCUGAACAGGAUCUACACACAGCUCUACAUCAUAGAAGGAGAGAGUGAAGGAGUGAAUGAAGAGCAUGAGGUUUUACAGAUGGAGAAAACAGCCAGAACAAAACCCUCACAACACACUCCAGUCUACUGCAAUGACAUCUUUAAAGCCUCAGCUGGACCAGGACAUGAGGAGAAAAUAAAAAAGGAGAAGGCACAGAUCAAGACUGUUCUCACUGAAGGCAUCGCUGGAAUUGGGAAAACCGUCUCGGUGCAGAAGUUCAUUCUGGACUGGGCUGAGGGAAAAGACAAUCAGGAUGUAGAUUUUAUGUUUGUGCUUCCAUUUCGAGAGCUGAACUUGAUCCGAGAUCAUCAGUACAGUCUUCACAGACUUCUGCUGGACUUUCAUCCUGAACUUGAAGAUCUUGAGCCCGAGAUUUAUGAGCAGUGUAGAGUUGUGUUCAUCUUUGAUGGUCUGGAUGAAAGCAGAAUCACACUCAACUUUUCAGAUGAGGAGAAAGUUUGUGCUGUUACUGAAUCUUCAUCGGUUGGUGUGUUGAUGUCGAACCUGAUGAAAGGAGAUCUGCUUCCCUCUGCUCUCAUCUGGAUCACCUCCAGACCAGCAGCAGCCCAUCAGAUCCCCUCCAAAUACAUCAACCGUCUGACAGAAAUUCAGGGAUUCACUGAGCCUCAAAAGGAGGAAUAUUUCAGGAAGAGAAUCAGCGACGAGCAUCAAGCCAGCAGAAUCAUCUCCCACAUCAGAAGAGCAAGAAGCCUUCAGAUCAUGUGCCACAUACCCGUCUUCUGCUGGAUCUCCUCCACUGUGCUUCAGAAGCUCCUGGAAGAAGAUCUGAGUGCAGAAAUCCCUCAAACUCUGACUGAGAUGUACAUUCACUUCCUGCUGAUUCAGAUCAACAUGAGGAAGCAGAAGUAUGAAGAGAGAGAUCCAGAGAAACUCCUGCAGUCCAACAGAGACGUGAUCGUCAAACUUGCUGAAGUGGCUUUCAGACAGCUGAUGAAGGGCAAUGUGAUGUUCUAUGAGGAGGACCUGAUUGAGAGCGGCAUAGACGUCACUGACGCCUCAGUGUAUUCUGGGAUCUGCACUGAGAUCUUCAAGGAGGAAUCUGUGAUUCAUCAGAGGAAAGUCUAUAGUUUCAUACAUCUAAGCUUUCAGGAGUUUCUGGCUGCGUUCUAUGUGUUUUACUGCCAUUUAACAAAGAACACAGAUGAGCUGGAGUUGAUGUAUGAGAGUGAAUAUUCAUACAAUCAAUAUCUACAGGACAGGUAUGAGAACACAGAACAGCUGGAGUUGAUUCAUGAUAGUGAAUAUUCAGAUGAUGAAGAUGAGUGGAUGGAUGGUAAUGAAUCUGAAUAUUCAUAUGAUCAGCAUCUACAGGCCUGGUCUGAGAACUCUCUGUAUGAUCUGCUCAGAUCAGCAGUAGAUAAAGCUGUUGAGAGCAGUAAUGGUCAUCUAGAUCUGUUCCUGCGGUUCCUGCUGGGCAUCUCACUGGAGUCCAAUCAGAGACUCUUCCAGGAUCUACUAACACACACAGAGGACAGCUCAGAGAGCAUCAGAGAAACCUCACAGUACAUUAAAGACAAGAUCAAGGGAGACGACCCUAUCUCAGCUGAAAGAUCCAUCAAUCUGCUCCUCUGUCUGCUGGAAGUUAAGGAUCAGACUCUGUCCAGAGAGAUUCAGGAGUUUGUGAAAUCAGACAAACGCUUAGCGGUAGAACUCUUUCCCGCUCACUGCUCAACAAUCUCCUACAUGAUUGAGAUGUCAGAGGAGCCGCUGGAUGAGUUUGAUUCUAAUAAAUUCAACACAUCAGAUGAGGGAAGACUGAGACUGAUACCAGCUGUGAGAAACUGCAGAAGAGCUCUGCUACAGUGGUGUAGUUUCACUGCUCAGUUCUGUGAGAGUUUGUCUUCAGCUUUACAAUCCUCAAACUGUGUCCUGAGAGAGCUGGACCUGAAUAAUAAUGACCUGCAGGUCUCAGGAGUGAAGCUUCUUGGUGAUGGACUGAAGAGUCCAAACUGUAAACUGGAGACACUGAGGCUACAGUGGUGUAAAUUCCCUGCUGACUCUUGUGAGAGUUUGUCUUCAGCUCUACAAUCCUCAAACUGUGUCCUGAGAGUGCUGGACCUCAGUAACAAUGACCUGCAGGAUUCAGGAGUGAAGCUUCUCUCUGAUGGACUGAAGAGUCCAAACUGUAAACUGGAGACACUGAGGUUACAGUGGUGUAAUCUCACUGUUCAGUGCUGUGAGAGUUUGUCUUCAGCUCUACAAUCCUCAAACUGUGUCCUGAGAGAGCUGGACCUGAGUAACAAUGACCUGCAGGAUUCAGGAGUGAAGCUUCUCUCUGAUGGACUGAAGAGUCAACACUGUAAACUGGAGACACUGAGGUUGUCUGGCUGUAUGGUGACAGAGGAAGGCUGUGGUUUUCUGUCUUCAGCUCUGACUUCAAACCCCUCACACCUGAGAGAGCUGGAUCUGAGCUACAAUCAUCCAGGAGAUUCAGGAGUCAAGCUGCUCUCUGAACAACUGGAGGAUCCAAACUACACACUGGACAAACUCAAUCUGGAUCAUGGAGGAGAGAAGUGGAUUACAGCAGGACUACGCAAAUAUGCCUGUUUUCUCACACUGGAUCCAAACACAGCGUACCGUCAUCUCAUUCUGUCUGAGGAGAACAGAGAGGUGAAGCGUGUGAGAGAGAUACAGCCGUAUCCUGAUCAUCCGGACAGAUUCAGUCAUCAUGCUUACGUGUUGUGCAGAGAGAGUGUGUGUGGACGCUGUUACUGGGAGAUUGACUGGAGCGGAGAUGUGGACAUAUCAGUGUCGUAUAAGAGCAUCGGGAGGAAGGGAGGAGGUAACGAGUGUUGGUUUGGAAAUAAUGCUCAGUCCUGGAGUCUAGUCUGCUUGAAGCUUAGGGGAUUCUUAUUCAGACACGAUUACGCAGAGAUCCGUCUCCCAGUAAAGUCGAUCAGCAGGAGAAUAGGAGUGUUUGUGGAUCACAGUGCAGGAACUCUGAUCUUCUACAACAUCUAUAGAGACACAAUGAGCCUCAUCCACUCAGUCCAGACCACGUUCACUGAGCCACUCUAUCCUGGGUUUUGGGCUGAUCAUGGAGCAUCAGUGAAACUGUGCUGAAGACUGAGAGGCUGAGGAGAGAUUUUCACAGCUCAGUGUGUGUCACCAGCUCAGUAUUCAAAGCUUUUUCAUUGUAUUUUAUACUCCUAAAACUGUUGAGAUAUAAUAAUUUAAGAAUGCAACUCAGCCCAAAGCUUCCUAUGCUGAAUAUAAUCUGAUACUGUAUACUGUUCAAUAUCAGCACUUACACUGAAAUAUUAUAUAUUUUUAAAGUUUUGUACGCUUAUGUUUAAUGCUUAAUGAAUAUAAUGGUUUUGUAUUUAAAAUAAUAUAAUUUACAUCUAUAGUUGUGCUGUAAUCUUACAU